GGUGCAGUACAUCAUGCGGAGACAUGGACGUGCCGCACCCAUUCGGAAUUGGCCCGGUUGGUUGCUACUGGCCAGGGUUCGAGCUCACCUGCGAUCGCAGCAGCAACCCGCCACGGCUGUUCCUCGACAGCGAGGGCGACCUCCUUUCCGUCCAGGAGAUCUCCCUACGAAACAACACAGUGCGCGUCCUCGUCGACGGUGCGACCAAACUGUUGACCAGUAUGUUUUUCCGUUCUGACGGAAGUUUGGACAGUGUCUUCAGGGGUAGUGGAGACACGCCCUAUUCACUUUUAGCCAACAGCAACGAGCUCAUCCUCAUAGGGUGCAACGUUCAGGCGUUUCUGCUUGACAUCGAUGGCCAGGCCACCAUCACCGGUUGCACCUCCUUCUGCCCCGUCACCAGAUCAACCGGCAAUACCUACGCCUCGAGGCAGGUACCGUCUGGCGGCAGCGACAGGUACUGCUAUGGCAUUGGCUGCUGCCAGGCUCGCAUCUCCCUGUCCCCUAACAACAUGCCCGUAUCGUGGGAGAUCAGCAUAAUCGACGAGAACCAGGUAACGCAGGGCAAGAAUUCAUCGCCUCCGGUCAUGCUGAUCGCGGCGGAGGGGUGGUUUGACCAGCGGCAGGUCUCCGACAUGCUGGCCCGAGACUUUCAGCACCACCGUAGCGUAUCCAGAUCUGAAUUGCACGUUCCCGUUAUUUUACAAUGGGAGGUCGUGCAAGGGUUGCCGGAUCAGCCGGCUGACGCCAAGUCGCAGCAUCUGACGACGACGAUUUGUCCGGCGGAGGUAGCCAAAGCUGUCUGUAAGAGCAAGCACAGUGAUUGCAAACGUGGGAGCAGAGGCUAUUUGUGCCAGUGCAGCAAUGGCUACGACGGCAACCCCUACGACCAACACGGAUGCAAAGGUAACACAUAUUCUCCAUCUUGUACUAUCUCAUGUAUAUGCAUCAGGCGAAUUUACCGUUUUUGUUUCUUCCUCCCAGGUGGCCUGAUGUCCUUGAAUACAGGCAUAUACAUUAUUGUGGGAGUUGCUAUUGGGGCUGCCGUCAUAUUUUCGUUCUUCAUUGCAUUCUUCAUUUCAAAAAAGAUUAAGCACCGGCGGGCACAAAUGUUGAAGCGGCAUUUCUUCUUGAAGAAUCGUGGACAGGUGUUGCAACAGUUGGUAUCUCAAAGAGCCGAUAUCGCGGAAAGAAUGGUUAUCACCUUGGAAGAGAUUGAGAAGGCCACAAACAAUUUUGAUAAAACACGUGAGCUUGGUGGCGGAGGGCAUGGCGUGGUUUACAAAGGGAUCUUAUCGGACCUUCAUGUUGUUGCCAUCAAGAAACCAAAGAGAGUGGUUCAAAAGGAGAUUGAUGAGUUUAUUAAUGAGGUUGCCAUCCUAUCACAGAUCAACCAUAGAAAUGUAGUAAAACUAUAUGGUUGCUGCCUUGAAACCGAAGUUCCCUUGUUGGUUUAUGAGUUCAUAUCCAAUGGUACACUUUAUGAGCAUCUUCACGUUGAGGGGCCAAGAUCUUUGUCAUUGGAUGAUAGGUUGCGGAUAGCAACUGAAACAGCUAAAUCUCUAGCAUAUCUUCACUCGACGGCUUCAAUACCUAUCAUCCACAGAGAUAUCAAGUCUGCUAACAUACUUCUGGAUGAUACUCUAAUGGCAAAGGUGGCUGAUUUUGGUGCUUCAAGAUACAUUCCCAUGGAUAGGUCAGGCGUAACAACAAUGGUGCAAGGUACAAUCGGAUAUUUGGACCCCAUGUACUUUUACACACAAAGGCUCACGGAGAAGAGCGAUGUUUAUAGUUUUGGUGUCAUUCUUAUAGAACUGUGGACCAGAAAGAAGCCAUUUGCGUACAUUUCGACGGACGGUGAAGGCCUCGUUGCACAUUUUUCUGCUUUGUUCGCUGAAGGCAAUUUGUCACAAAUACUAGACCAACAAGUUAUUGAUGAAGGAGGCAAAGAAGUGGAAGAAGUCGCCGCCCUUGCUAAGGCAUGUGUACAAUUAAGAGGAGAGGAUCGUCCGACCAUGAGACAAGUAGAGUUGACAUUGGAAGGCCUUCCAGUAUACAGAAAGUACAUGGUAGAUAGCGUGUCGGCCCAGGAAUUUGAGAGGAAUGGUAUUCUGAUAAAUGGCCCUUGGGUUGGAGAUGAAAGAAGUAGUGAAGAAUCGUCAAGACAAUAUAGCAUGGAAGAAGAGUACAUGUUAUCCUCAAGGUAUCCUCGAUAGCUCUGCAUAUGUACGAAUACAACGCAGACUGAGUUUCUGACAAUUACUUCCAAAGGUUUAUUUGUAUUCAUCUAACGUAGCGCUACGCCCUUGGUUCGUUUGCUCAAACGGUUAACUGCUAUGUACCCUGUUUUCCUUCCUGCUGUGUGUAAACUCUUCGUUU